AACAGAUUUGGUCAGUUGAGUGCGGUACUUUGUAGCAAGCGGACGUGUUUGCAGUGGACGGUGGUAGUGGAUUUGGACGGGUAGAGGCAGCCAAACGUAUUUGUUGUCCAGUGCGAGCGUGUAAAUUAAUACGUUUUGUCUGCUCUCGUGCGAAUAUAUGUAUGUAGGAAUGAGGAAACAAAAGAGAAAAUCCAAUACAAGUGACACUUAUUUGAGGUGUUUUGCAUAAAAUUGUCUUAGAAUACAAUAACAAAGGCUAGCAUAAAGUCUCAAAGAAAGAAAUAGUGAUUUAAGCAAGUGAGAUAAUCAAAGUGAAAAGGCACUGGAAAAAAUACACAAGAAUAUAGAAAGUGACCUUUGAUAGCGUGUUUAUUUGGAAGCGACGGCAAUUUUUGAAAGCGAAAUUCGAGCCACGGUGCAGUCGACCAAAUAGUGGAUUCUCCUUUAAUGAGCCGAAAAUAAACGCAGCUAAUCAAAUGCAAGGUCGCACAUACGCAGCGUUAUAGAACAAUUAGUUCCUUGAAAUUUUGUUUGAGAUUAGCGGCAGAUUGGUGCGAAAACUUGGCCUAGUCGCUUUAGUCAGAAAAGUUCUUUCAAUAUGACACAACGCUGGCACGCUUCCCGAUGGCGUGUCCUCAUCUCGGUCAUAUUGGUGAGUGUGAGUCUCACGCACGUGGCACAAGGCUUUCCCUUUGUCUUCAACACAAACCGUAAGGUAAUCAAUUGGACUCUGCCAGAAGACAACUGGGAAAUACAUUUGGCACCACGAAGCAUUACACCACAUGUAGAACUGCAAAAGUUCCCUAACCGCACCAACCCUGACCCGGGUCCGAGCGAUGAGGUGUUCUUGGAGCGAUUGCGACAGCUCAAGCGCAAUGACACAAUGGCUCGCAUGCUUUGGUAUGACACCACUCCGGAUGGACUCAAUUUCCCGCCCUUCGUCGACAAGGCGCUGAAACUUUUCAACCUUAAGCAAGUGGCAUUCGAGAUCGAGAAUAGCGUAAUGUCAAAAGUGUCUUGCACCGCAUGUAAGGCUGGUGCUGGCCUCUUACAGCACUACAUCCGUGCUGGCAAGACGGAAACGGAGAUUAUCAAAUUGAUUUAUGAGUUUUGUGUUAAUCUCAAUAUACAAAGUUCACGUGUUUGUGAAGGCGUCUCCACACUUUUCGGCAGUGAAGUGAUUUACGUUCUGCAGCGUGUCAAUCUUGGGCCUGAUGAGAUUUGCAGUUUUGUGAUAGGAGAUGCUUGCGGUGACGUAUACAAUCCAUACCACGAGUGGGAGGUGAUAUUUCCACCGGUACCAAAACCACUAGUCACAGAGUUGGACAUGCCAAAGGAAGCGGCCCCGUUCUUCAAGGUGCUACACAUCUCAGACACCCAUUACGAUCCCCAUUAUGUUGAAGGCUCUAAUGCCAAUUGCAACGAGCCAUUAUGUUGUCGCCUGAGUAGUGGUCGACCGUCCAAUCCAAACGAUGCGGCUGGCAAAUGGGGUGAUUACCGUAAAUGUGAUACUCCGAAACGCACGGUGGACAACUUGUUGGAACACAUUGCGGAUACGCACAAGGACAUUGAUUACAUACUGUGGACGGGUGAUCUGCCACCACACGAUGUUUGGAAUCAAACCAAAGAAGAGAAUUUGGAAAUCAUUAAAGAAACAGUGCGUCAAAUGACUGAGAAGUUUCCUGGUGUGCCUAUCUUUCCAGCGUUGGGCAAUCACGAAAGUGCGCCGGUGAAUAGUUUUCCGCCACCAUAUGUGAACCAAGUGGAUAUCUCCAUAUCGUGGCUAUAUGACGAGUUGGAUGUGCAAUGGCGUCGAUGGCUGCCGCAGAGCGUUUCUCAUACUGUGCGACGUGGCGCUUUCUAUUCAGUGCUGGUACGACCUGGUUUCCGUAUUAUUUCUCUCAAUAUGAAUUAUUGCAAUAAUAAGAAUUGGUGGCUGCUACUAAACUCCACAGAUCCUGCAACCGAACUGCAAUGGUUCAUUUAUGAGCUACAAAGUGCUGAGUUCUCAAACGAAAAAGUGCAUGUGAUAGGUCACAUACCACCAGGUCAUCCAGAUUGUUUGAAGGUAUGGUCGCGCAACUUCUAUCGCAUCAUUUCACGAUACGAGAGCACUAUUACCGCUCAGUUCUAUGGACACACCCACUUUGAUGAAUUUGAAAUGUUCUACGAUCCACAUGACCUCAGCCAUCCCACUAGUAUCGCGUAUAUUGGGCCAUCGGUUUCUCCUUACUAUGACCUGAAUCCGGGUUAUCGCAUCUACUAUGUGGAUGGUGAUCAUGACACUACCACUCGUCUGGUAAUAGAUCACGAGUCAUGGAUCAUGAAUUUGAAGGAAGCAAACCUGUACGAUUAUCCUAUAUGGUAUAAAUUGUAUACCACACGUGCGACGUAUAAUAUGAAGGCACUCCGGCCGUUGGACUGGAGCAAUUUAAUUGACGAGAUGGCGAAUAAUCAAGAAUUGUUUGAUUUGUAUUAUAAAAAUUACUGGAAAAACUCACCUAUACGGCCGGUUUGCGAUGCGGAAUGCCGGAAACGAAUGUUGUGCGAUUGCAAGAGUGGGCGUUCGCAUGACCGACGGCACUUUUGCCAAGACGUCGAGGCGAAGGUCGAUGACGGGUCGUCGAAAUCAUGGAAGUCAUGGCUGUAUCGUGGUUUAACAAGCUCUUAUAGCCUCAUUUCGUCCAUCACGUACCUGCCCAAAUACCUGAUGGGCUUCGGCUGAAUUGAAACUGGUUCCAGUAACGUACGCAUACACAUUUUCACGUCCGAUGUAAAAAUAACCCUGCUUUAUAUCCUAAAAUAGGCCAAGUCGAACUAUUAGCGCAAAUGGAGAGCGUGGCGCUGGAGAAUUGUCUUCUGUAAAAGUGCAAAAGUGCGGAACUCAUUCGCAAUCUGCAAUUAGUUAAGUCGUUUAGCUUAUAGAUCGUAAAUAGACAUGUGUAUAUGUAUGUAUAGUAAGUGUAUGUCCAUUAAUUAUGUGAUCAUUAGAAUUUAAUUAUUUACUUUUAAGUAGAGCAUUAAUAAUAAGAACUUAAAAUUUCCAAAAAGAAAAAAUUCAUCUGUAUCAGUUAUAAGCGAAUCCAUGCCCUUCAUGCGAGCGUAUGACUUUUAAAUUUUAUUUUUUAAUCUCUAGUUAAAUGUAAUAUUAAUGAGCAAACGUACACACACAGUCAUAAAAUAAGCAAGGCGACCCAUGCUAACCAUGCAUGUCCGCACACCUGCAAAUACACUCAUACCGUUAGUUUCAAGUGAAUGAAUGUUGAUGUACUUAUUAUUAAGUUACAUUUCUACAAAGAAAAUAAAUAAAAUAAUAUAUAAAAUGUGGAAA